AUGUCCAGCCCACAGCCCCAGCAGCCUGCUGCCUCAGACACUCAGGUCCAGCCCGGGCGCUUGGGUCCCUGUCCGGUGGCUGCUUCCCGAGUGGAACCGCGCCGCCGCGUUGCUCAGGGACACCUGAAGUCCUCCUUCUCUGUGGAGGCCAUCCUGGCGAGACCCGAGACCCGUGAGCCGGCUGCCACCCCUCUACCGCUCCCCACCUGCACCAAUCUGAACCUCGGCUCUGGGUCGCAGUGCCCUGUCUUGCCCUGGGUGUGCUCCUCAGCAACUUGGCUGCCCGCCUACCUGAGCGUGGGCGUCUACCCGCUGUGCUCCGUGUCCUGCGUGCCGGGACUGAACGUGGCUCACCUCCUCUGCCAGCAAGGAAUUAGCGUCACAGGCUCAGGGCUGCCUUACUGUCCAGGCCCCCGGAAGCCUCUCGAGUGGGCACCUACCGUGGACCCGAAGGGCACCGAGAGACACCAGAAGAGGGCUCGCACAAUGUUUAACUUGGGGCAGCUGGAAGAGCUGGAAAAGGCGUUCUCGAAGCAGCACAACCUGGUGGGGAGGAAGAGAGCGCAGCUGGCUGCCAGGCUGCACUUGACGGAGAACCAGGUGAGGAUCUGGUUCCAAAAUCGCCGGGUGAAGUAUCAGAAACAGCAAAGGCUGAAAUCGCCUUCCUCCUCUGCCACAGAGGAGCCCUCUAGCAGCUCAGAUGGAAACAUCCAGAGUGAAGAUGCUGAGGCACGAGUUGGCAGCAAGAGGCUCUAG